AUGACGUGUGGUUACCUUGUGCACGACACCAAUGGAGGCUGUGGCGGUGAACUUGGCCCAGUUGCUGGCCUUGGCCAACCAGUUGAGGUUGUCCCGCAGGAAGACGUCGCAGCAGGUGCCAGCCUGCAUAAUGGCGUGCGCGAGCACGACGGCGUUGUGCGCGACGCUGUUGCGCUGGUCCACGCUGUUCAUGUAAUGCUCGAGCAGCAUCAGGUCGGUGUGGUUCUUGCGGUGCAAGAACUCGAGGUGCAGUUCGGUGGUGCUAGUGCCGGAGAGGAUCCGCUUGACCCGGUCGAUCAUGAAGUUGCCCUCCACAGCCAGGAUUGA